UGGAAAGGGACGGGAGGGAAAGGGGAGGUGGAAGAGGGUGCUACUGCGCAUGCGCAGAUGCUCAAUGUCAACAGCUUUGCUUAAGGUUAGGAUUUUUUUACACGGGAGUUUCUUUCAGUUUGGGCCGUUUUAACCCCUGAUUCCAGACAGAUCCGUCAUUUCCUAUUAAGAAGUCCCACAAGAUUGUUAUUGAUGGGUGUGUCAUGCUGAAGAGGCCCACACUUUGGGGUCCAGAGGCCCGUAUAAUGGCAAGUCUGGAUGAGGGCAACACCGAGUGACCUUGACCUUUGCACUGCAGUCAGGCCAUCUCUACUGCUCACCCUGGUGCUCUGGUGCACUUUGACCUCUGCCUUGCUGCCAAGACACUUUGACUGCUGCCAUGCUGUGGCUGGUGACCUUUGAACUCUGCACUGCAGACAAGACAAUUUUACCUUUGCCAAGCCAUGACCAGUGAACUCCGAGGAAGCUGCAUCACAGCCAUUAGGUUCCUCCCUUGCUGUUUGCGGGAACGGAUUGGAUUGAUAGUGCCAUGGAAAAAUCUUAAACAUCUCCCAAGAGCCAAGGCUUGUGGAUGGAUGCAGCAAAGAAACAUGUUCUUGCUGGCGGGGAAAAUGGCUACCAAGGGGCAGGGGACUGGAUAUGGGAUCUCUCCCUCUAGGAUGCUGUGCGUGGCACGGGCUGCCUUGGGCAUGGGUGUGCUGGGGCCAUCCUGCCGUGGUGUGGCUUCCCUGGCUACCAAGAUGGCAGAAUACCGAAGGAUGAGGAAGCCCACAGAGCCCCAGGGAUGGGCAGAGCAAUAUCAAGAGCAUUUCAUCCCCUUCUCGAAAGGGCAGCUGGUCAGCACACUGCUUAAGGAAUUCCACUCUACUGAUGCUGAUCGUGCCUCAUUUCUGUCCUUUGUGGCUCGUGUGGACUCCUCUCUGCUGCAUCACUACCACUCUGUCAUGGGGCAUUUGCAGGCUCUGUAUGACCCCAUUAAUCCAGACCGGGACACACUACAGGAAUGGUCGUUGACAGAUGCCCAGCGCCUGGAGAACGAGCAGCAGGUGUUGGCUGCCCUGGAGCCUAUUCUGGAGCAGGCCAACUUCAACAGCCUGUCAGAGGAUGCACUGGCCUAUGCCCUUGUGGUCCAUCAUCCUCAGGAUGAGGUCCAGGUGACGGUGAACCUGGACCAGUACGAAUACAUCCGGUUCUGGGCCCUCGGUCAGCGCAUUGGGCCUCUUCCAGUGAAAUCCACCCUGCGGCCCCAGCAAGGAUUCUUUGGCACAGCUCCCCUCAUGCCAAGGCGCUAUUUCAAGCGGAUGGUAGUGGCAGCGCGGCCCAAGAAUGCCCACCUGGUGCUGAAGUGCUUUAAGGACAUCCCACUGGAGGCACUGGAGCACCUGCUGCCCUUGGUGAAGAUCCGCACCUCUAUCUUCUACCGGGCUCUACUCAAUGCCAUGCUGCUGGUUAGCGGGCUGGCCCUCUUUGUCAAUGUGGGCAUGGUGGUGCUGUCUGACCUCAAGGUCGGCACCACCUUCCUGCUCCUCUGCUUUGCCGCUUUCAUGAGCUUCCGUGCCUGGAAGGUGUUUGGGCGGCGCCGCAACGUGCACUCACUGGAGCUGGUGCACAUGCUCUACUACCGCAGCACCUCCAACAACUCGGAGCUGCUGGGGGCACUGGCUCUGCGGGCACUGGAGGAGCAUGCCAAGGAGCUCAUCCUGGCAGACAGCUUCCUACGGCGCCAGUCAGGCCUGCCUCAGCACCGCCCUAUAGAUGCCCAAACAGUGGCCCGGCUUCAGGAGCAGAUCCAGGCAUGGCUGCAUCUCCACUCGGGGCUGCACAUCUCCUUCUGUGCUGAACGUGCCUGCCAACACCUGCAGAGUUUUGAGGGGGCCAGCCCACACCCCAUGGGGGUGCCCAGCCUAACCCCACUGUGAUGUGGAGGUCACACUGACCCCUGGGACUCUACCUGCACUAUGGUAGGAGCACCCUUCCCUCCAGGAUGCUGCACUAGUACUUAUAUCUUAGUUGGUGGUGAAAGAGGAGGGAGUGCCCAACCCCACUUGGCCAGGACUGUGCUGGGGGUCCCCCCUUACAUGCUUGUUGAUUUUUGUUCCCAGUGCAUUCUGGGAGUCCUGCCAAACUCUGUGUAUGGUAUUGCUCUGCAGUUGCUUGGGGAUUUGCUUGCUGCCUCUGGAGCUUUGUCAACCCCAGCCCUCCCUCUGAGCAUCCUACAGCCCCUCAUGUAAGUGCUGGGGUCCACAGUGAUGAGGGGACACUGAGAGCUCAGGUGGUGGCCAUGAAGAGAAGGAUGAGGUGAGAGAAUAUGCACAGCAGGAGAUGCCAGGGGUACCACCUCCUUUUGCUUACCAAGGGGAAGGUACCCAGCCCCCACCCUGCCUCACCCAGCCCUGCUCAUUUCCUGGAGUUGGGCUAGAGCCCAGGAGUCCUGGCUCCAAGCCUGCCUGGAUCAAGGAACAGGAAUUCAGUCCUUCCUGGAGGGUCCCUGCUCUGACAAACAAGUAGCUAUGAGUGUUAAAGGCUGUGGCUGUAGCCAAACGGGUCCAGUCACCAGCCUUCCGCUGCGGGUUGCUGGUUGGCCAUCUUCUGCUGGGGGCUGUCAGGGCACAAUCCUGCCCAGCAGUGCUGUGCUCAGACCUGCUGGCCUGCAUGUUCCCUGGGCUGGGCCAGUGCCUUGCCUAGCUGCUUUGUCCAGUCUUAUGCUAAGGAGAGUCCCAUGUUAUUUCUCUGGCAACCUUCGCCCCUUGGUCUGAAAGCACUUUACAAAGGGAGAACAGCAGAUUUUAUAGAUGUGGAAAUGGGCCCAGAUGGAGCUGCACCCAGUCUACAGCAGUCAAGCUUCUGGCCCCACUCCCCUCCCUGAAGUGGGCAAGAGCCUAGGAGUCCUGGCUCCCUGGUCUGACCCCUACACCAUGCUUUACCCUGGAGCUCAGGUCCCCGGCCAGGCUGGUUAUGGUUUGCUGUUGCAGGGCAAGGAGCUUCUUUCUAGCAUGAAUGUCUUAAAGGGUGGGGUGAAUUUCUACUGUAUUUUCAGCGCAAUAAAGAUGUUUCUGUCUUUGA